UUUGCGCUGUGCAUUGUGUUUUCAUAUCAUGAGUUUCUUUAUCUUCACAGAUAUCAAGAUGAAGCUUGCGAUCCUUGUGACAGGGUUUCUCUUACUGGAAAUGGCUGCCGCCUUCCCAUCAAGUCGAGGAGGCCGCAGUAUUGUUUGCGGCGUAUGCGGUGGUUGUGCCAAUGUUGGUGCCGGUGGUGGUGGUGGCGGUGGAGGGGGUGGUAUACACGGCGGUGGUGGCGGCGGCGGCGGCGGUGGUGGUAAUUGGGUCGGUGGUGGCGGUGGUGGUGGCGGCGGUGGUGGCGACGGUAGAGGUGGUGGUUGCGGCGGUUGUGGCGGUUGCGGCGGUGUCAACGGCGGCGGUCCUGGUGGUCCUGGUCCUGCUGGCAGUGGUGGUGGUGGUGGCGGAGGUGGCGGAGGAGGUAUAGGCGCUGGUGGUGCUGGUGGCAGUGGUGGCCGCGGCUAAGGACAGCAUCGGCGGUUGUUAACAAAAUAGGCAUCAAUGUUUAGCGACUUCGAACAUGUGAUGUGGAGAUGAAAACACAAAUAUUCCAAGUUAAGAAAGCAAACAUUACAGAAUGUUCUUUUGCUCUGAAUACUCAAUUCAAUAUAGGUUUUAGCGCGCAUAAUGGUGUUAUUUAAAUUUGUAGUUAUCAGUUGUCAUUUGUUUUUCAAGUGCACUGUGUAAGUCCGUUUAUCAUAAACUUUUAUGACUAUUAUUUUAUAAUAUGUGAUGAUACACAUAGCCAAUUGUGGGAUUUACUUCUCAAGUUAAAAUAGAAAAACAUGGCAGAAUUUUCUUUGCACUUUAAAAUCUACAUCUGUUUGCAUUUUACGUCCAAAUAUGAUAAAAGUGUUAUUUAUGGUGUUUAUUUAUUUGAUUAUUCAAAGACACAGUGUACAAUCUAUGUAUAAAUAUAUAUAAUAUUAAAUUCU